AUGCUCAGAAAACUGUUCGCUGCUCAGGCUGCUCCAGCCUCGACAGUUAAUCGUGCUCUUUCCGAAAGUUUGAGCACCCGCAGUAUUUAUGACAAUGAUAGCUUCAACCCCGAGCAUAUGUUGCACUGUAUGUUUACCCGCAACAACACCAUACUAACCCUGUCUCGACGAGUUCAAAAGUACAAGCCCUCCGCGGAGGUUGCCAACAAGGGCCCCAACUACUUGGAUCAAGCUGCUCUUAUUGACAUUGUUCGCCCCCAACAGGAAGUUAUUCUCACAGUGUCCACUGGCCAGCUCGGGUUCAAGGGCACCAAAAAGAGCACAUAUGACGCGGCCUUCCAAACGUCUGCUCGCAUGUUUGAGCUCAUGGAACAAAAGGGCUUGCUCAACAAAAACAUUGAACUUGUUACUCGUAACUUUGGACAGAACCGCACUGCAUUUUUUAGCGUUCUUUUCGGCAAAGAGGGUACCAAGGUGCGUCCUUUGAUCAAGCGUGUCACUGACGGCACUCGUAUCAAAUUUGGUGGUGAUCGCAGUCCUAACAAGCGCCGCGUUUGA